AUGACUUGCCUCGAUUAUAUCCUCCUCUUAUGGGUAUGCGUAGCCGUUGGAGGCCAGGCUGUGAGCCAAACCGCCUCUGCCCAGAAGCCUAGUAUACCCGGAGAGACGAUGCCAGCUGGUCCUACGAAACCUAGGACUGCUCGGAAUUGUAACAGAUGGCACACCGUCGAAAAGGGAGAUACAUGCCCCAAGGUCGAAAGCAUCUAUGGAAUCUCACAUAACCAGUUCCUAGAGUGGAAUCCAUCGGUUCCAAAGGACUGCUCUCGAGAGUUCUGGCUGGGUUAUUCAUACUGCGUUGGAGUGAAUGGCAACCCAGUAAUUGCCACCCCUAUCCAGACAAAUCUGAUAAAUUCAACGAUGACAUUCCCAAGCACUUCUCCUACAGUUUAUUCAAUCAGAAACCCGGUCACAUCGGACGAAUUUACUGUCUCGUCAGUGGAAACAGCUUGGCCGCCGAAAAGAACCCAGCCUGGACAGCCGUCAUAUUGCAACAAGUGGUAUCAUGUCAAGAUAGGCGAUACAUGCAAUACUAUCCAGAUCCUCCACGGGACAUCAAUGACACUCGAAGAGCUGUGA